UAAUUACAAGCGAAAGAUAUUGAUAUCUGUAUUCUGUACAAAUACGGAGUUCUCUCACACUUGUGCUAGUGUAUAUGAAGAUAAUAAACAUGCAAGGAAUACAGUUGAUUAUGUUCUGUACGAUUCCAAUUUUAUUGGCAAUGUGUUUCACUGCAUCUGCCGGUCCUUUAGGAACAAAAACAGGACGAAGCAAGGCGAACACAUACCUUAUUAAUAAGUGGAAAAUUUGGUUUGACUUAAAUGACGUGAAUGAUGAUGGAAUUCUUUCAUUAGAUGACACCAAAAUCUUCGAACGAAAAUUCCACGAGGGUCUUGAUGAUUUGAACAAUGGUUAUCUUAUGCUUGAUAACAAAACGGAAAUUGCCGAAGAUGACUUUAUAGAAAUACUUAAGGUAAGAUAUGAAUCCGACAAAGCUGAGUUCACAGAGAUGAUAUAUGAGCUUGAAUUGGAAUUGUCUCGUGCACUGGACUUAGACGGGGACAACUUCGUUUCAAAGGAUGAACUUGUAGAUAACAUGGUUUCAGCAGGUCACAAAAACAGAAAAGAGGACGAGAGUUUUUUCUUCGCCUUUCCAGAUAUAAACGAACGUGUUCCUGUGGAAGUGAUGGCUACUUGUUUCGUACGCUUUCUUACUGAAGAUGAUAAGACUAAACCUGACGUCCUCAAACUACUUUUUGAUUCUGUUUAAGUGUUGUUUUAAAGUUAAGUUUGCUUUUCCAACUUAGUGUCACUUAGACGAUUUUAUGUUCCUUAUGAAAUAUUACUGAAAUAUUACUGCUCAGUCAUAAAAGAACAAAAACAUAUUUUUUUUUAAAAUUAUGUCAUUGUUUAAUAUCUAAAUUACUAAGUAAUUCAGAAAUAAUUUUAAUUUAUUGAAAUGUGUAACUUAACGUCUGUUUAAUAAUUAAAGACUACUGGAACUCCAUAUCGGCGUCAAUCUAUUUUAUG